AUGGCGGACGAUCAGGAACGCGCUUUUCUUGACUGGUUCACCUCAAAUGGCGGCUGGAUUGACUCUCGGAUGGGCCGAGGCCUUGUAGCCCUGAGUGCGAUCUCUGAGAACGAUCGCCUGUUUUCUAUUCCUCGCUCCAUGCUCAUGAAUCUCGGCACUAGCGGUCUGCAAGCGGCAUGUGAGGCUGCUGAGCAGGAGAAAGCGCCGCGUGAAGGACUUGCAUGGAAAGACGUACUGGAGCAUGGCUGGUGUGGACUCAUUUUGAUGCUCAUGUGGGAGCACUGGCGCGCGUCUACGCAGGGCGAGACGACCGGCAUGACCUGGGGCCCCUACUUUGGUAUUAUGCCGUCGACGUUUUCCACACCUAUGUUCUGGACAGCUGAGCAGUUGGAUAUGCUCCAAGGUACUGACAUUCAAGACAAAAUUGCGCGUGCUGAGGCCGAAGAGGACUAUUGUACCUAUGUGCGUCCCUAUAUCGAGCAAUAUCCUCAUAUCUUUGUGGGCGUCCAUGCGUCGGACUUGCAUGCUGUGAUCGAGAAGUACUACCAUAUUGAGAUGUACCACCGCAUGGGCUCGUCGAUCCUAAGCCGCAGCUUCCAUGUAAAGCGCGACCUUAGCCACGCCGAGUCCGACGAGGCGGACAUUACGUUUGCCCCUGCCGAGGUCGCCGUGGAGCGUGCCAUGCCUCGUGGCGACGAGGGCGACGAAGUGGAUCACGAAGAGUCGGCUGAGAUUGACAUGGACGAAAAUGAUGAAAGUGAGGAUGAGGAGAACGACGAAGACGUCCGGGACAUCUCGAUGGUGCCGAUGGCGGAUAUGCUCAAUGCCAAGUUUGGCUCGGAAAAUGUAUGUGGACGCCACUAA